AAGGAUUCAGCCGAAGUCAUUCUCACUCCGUCAUACUUCAUACAUUCCCUUCCUCGUUCUCUCUCUUCCUCUUCUCCCUUUUCCCUCUUUCCAAGGGCAGAUGCAACGACGGCAACGUCUCGAAGAAACUAUGAACUUGAGAAAGUCGCGUUACCAGGGAAAUAUUUCGAUGAUCGCUUCGGAGACUCAUAUUCAAAGUUUCACGUAAUUUCAACUCGGUUGAAUCGAGAGAAGAAAACGGGAUCGUCCAAUUAUCCGAGUGAUAAAAUUUAGGAGCGCGCUCUGAGUGUAAGUGGGGAUCGCGUAACGUUCCUGACAAUGUCACGAGUUUCCUGACAGAGAAUCGAUACUUCAUUCGCGCGAGAAUUAUCCAACGCGUACCAUAUCGGACCGUUGACCAGACGCGAGGAUCGACCCAGCCACAAGAGGAAAAAUCGCGAUCGAUCCCGAACGAUUCGUACGGACCUUCGACGAUGUGGAUCCAUGUGCAGUGACCAAUCUUCCUCAUUGCUCGCGAGUACGCUUAGCGUGGACGUAAAUCGUAAGUCUUUUCUGUGAACAUUUUCGAGCUGAAUAUGCGGGGCGCGAUGCGACUGCCAUUCGUCGCUCUGCUUGUGCUUUCUUCGAUCCACGCCGAGGAAGUAUCGACCGAUACUCCGGGCGGUGCCGCGCCGGAAGAAUCGAAUCUUCGUGUCAGAAGUCUGCCGGCGAUCAACAAUGUCGUCGAGAAAAAUUGGACUAGCCUGUCGGAAACGCUGGAUAUUUUCAGUGCGCGUAACUUGGCGAGAAAUUGGGCCGAGAAUGGGUACACCGUCGGUGAGCAAUGUGGCAAAGACAUCACGACAUACGUCGGAGCUUUGAAGAAUCAGGAACUGUGGGCUCUUAAAGUGGACGACGCGUCGGGUAGAUUCACCAAUGGAUUCUUCUGGGGUAAUUCGUACUUCACGGGCUCGGCCACUGAAUGCGAUUACAUCGGACAGGAUUAUUUGCAGAGGAAUUCCGAGUCGUCGGUCGAAGAGGUGCGCGAAUUCAACACGGAGCCGCGUAAGAGGAUCAACACGGGCAGCAGCGGCGCCGGUCUGCUGGAAACAUUGACUUUCGACGACAAGCCGCCCUAUCGUCUGGGUUUCUACAUGAUACGACUUUCCUUGAACGCGUCCCGAUACACGUCAACGAGAGUGAUCCACCUGGGUGUUUGUCUGCCGUUUUCGUGCACUGCCUCCGAUGUCGCCGUGAUCGGCAAGCUUGCCGCGAGCGAUUUCGUGAUGAAGCACUCGACGGUCGAGAAGGUCCGGGACCAGCAUAAUCUGUAUGACAUGUACGCGGAUCCGGUCUUCUGGAUCCUGUUCGGUGUCAGCGCGACGGUGCUGGUAAUAAUGAUCUUCGGCACGGGAUACGACUAUUACCUAACGAAGAAGUUCGCUCAAGUGCGAAGUAACGUGAUCUACGACCUGGAGAAACAUGGAAAACUCGAUCGACUCGCCAACGGCAACCAGAAGGUGUUAAAUGCUUUUCAAGGUACGGUCUACCUUCCUGUUCCAGUGGCAGAUUCUAGUACCAACGGUGUGCAGCCGAAUAAUAAUAACGACCACGAGAGUGGCUUGCAGACGUCCACGACAGAGGCGCAUCAGCUUAAUGUUUGCCAGGAGCUUCUGCUUUCGUUCUCCGUUCGCGCGAACGUGAACACCAUCUGCGAUCGUAACGUGGGCGGAGACACCAUCAGUACUAUACACGGCCUCAGGGCGAUAUCGAUGGCCUGGGUGAUACUCGGACACACGUGCAUAGUCGUAUUCAAGUACUCCGACAACAUGGAGUACCGCAGGGUGGUGGAGAAGAGGUUCCUCUUCCAGACCAUCACGAACGGCGCGUUCAGCGUCGACACGUUCUUCUUCAUGGGCGGCUUGCUCGUGAGCUUCCUCUAUUUCCGCACCAACGCCAAGGGUGACUUGAAGAGGCUCACGCAGGGCACGCGUGGCUUCGUCGCCGGCACCCUCAAGUUCAUCGGACUCCUUCUCUACAGAUUCAGCAGGCUCACCGCGCCGUACAUGUUCGUACUGGGUGUGGUCGAGAUCUCGAUGAAAUACUUCCACGCGAACUCUGUCUUCGAGCCCCCCACGCCGGAUCAUUACAAUUGCCCCAACUAUUGGUGGAGGAAUCUGCUCUACAUCAAUACCUGGUUCCCCGUCGAGCAGAUGUGUAUGCUUUGGAGCUGGUACGUAGCGGACGACACGCAAUUCUACAUCGUCGGCGGUGUCAUACUGGUACUUGCCACGAAUCACUUCAAGAUCGCGGCUUUCGCGCUCGUCAGCCUCUUAGUGAGCUCGUGGCUGACCACCGGCUAUAUCGCCUUGGUCAAUAAUCACAUGCCGAGCUCGGACGACCCGCUGGCCCUCUUUGAUAAGAUCUACGACAAGCCGUGGACAAGAUUGGGCCCCUACCUGAUCGGGAUGUCCGUCGGCUAUUUCCUCUUCAAGACUGAUUGCAAAGUGAGAAUGUCUAAGACUACCGUCGUCGUGGGAUGGCUCCUAUCCUCCGCGUGUCUCCUGAGUUUGCUCUAUGGUCUGUAUGAGACGGAACUCACACCAGCCACAGCCGCUGCUUACUCCUCAUUAAGUCACAGCGCGUGGGCGUUGGGCUUGGCAUGGAUCGUGGUAGCGUGCAGUACCGGUUACGGAGGAUAUGUAAAUAGGAUAUUGUCGGAGCCGCUGUUAUAUCCAUUCAGCAGAGUGACCUAUUGCGCUUAUUUGGUUCAUCCGCUCGUCAUACGUCUAACCGCUAUGAAUCUAGACUCUCCGUUUCAUCUGGGAAAGGACUUAGUGUUGAUAACAUUCCUGGGACAAUUGGUGCUGUCUUACGCAUUGUCCUUCGUAAUAUCAAUCUCUUUUGAAGCACCGGUAGUCAGUAUGCUGAAGAUUCUCUCACCGAAGAAGCGAAAACGUAUACAAUAGGGAUUAGAUUAUACAUUUGACGCAC